UCUAGACGUGUAUUGGAACUAUGUGUGGUGUCGGGACGCUGCCAAAAAAGGGCCAGCGUGGACCGCCUGAACAGCAGCGAUGGAUUAAUCCAACAUGGAUGGAUUUGUGUGUGUGUGUGUGAGUGAAUCUGUGCCAGAUAACUACUUACCGGAGUCUAAAUGGUACUUCUCGGCAACCUUUCUAUCCGAGCAUUCAACACAGUAGUAUUUCUCCACUGCUGCCUGAUGGCUUUUGGUAAAGACAUUCAGGGAUUUCAUGGAAACGAAAUGAAUGAGUCCGAUAGAGCCCGCAUCUGCCAUAAUUUUUCUGUUGGAAAUCCCGAAAAAAUGGAGUUUUACUCACCUCUCUACCCGAAUAACUACCCUAAUAAUACAGAAUGUGUGCGUCAAAUUACAGCUCCCUUUGGUUACUUCGUACAAAUCGACUUUCGAGAUAACUUCCACUUGGAGGACUCUCCCACCUGCGAGUAUGAUUCUUUAGAAGUAAGAGAUGGACCUUACGGAUAUUCUAAAGUCAUUCGUAAAGUUUGUGGCGACAAGUUUCCUAACUUCAUCACCUCUUCAGACCGUUAUUUGUGGCUCAAGUUUUCUUCCGACGACAGUAUCGAGUAUUCGGGAUUUAGAGCUGUCUAUCAAUUCAUAAGGAUCGAAGGUUUCGAACGACCUCCUUCAGAAGAAUGUAUUUUCCAUCGAGAAGGGCUGAAUGGUAUUUUAAGUAACAACGACAUUCAAGAAGCCACCUACAACUAUUCCCUGAUUUGGAAAGUACCGCUUGAUUGCACGUGGAUAAUACGAGUCCCUACGGGAUGGAAGAUGUAUUUAUCCUUCAAGAAGUACAGCCUGGAAGAACCGAACAAUUGCAAUGUUAAUUAUAUUGAAGUAUACGGGGAGACUUUAAACGAAGAGAAAAAGUUGGCAAGAUUCUGUGGUACGGGUACCGAAGCUCAAAGAUCAGAUAAAUCCAUUCUUCACGUUAGAUAUUAUGCGGAGCAUACGGCAUUACAAGGGAUAUUUAGCAUCUUGUUUACGGCCUUCAGAGAAGCAGAGGAAUGCGACAGCGACGUAGAGUUCAACUGCGCUGAUGGCACUUGUAUAACAAAGAAUCUGAAGUGCGAUGGAAACUAUAAUUGUAAAUACAGAUACGAUGAGGAUCCGUCCUUGUGUUCUCCAGCUACUUCGAAAUCUAGCAUAAUGUUGCUCACAUCGGACCACAUGAUCAUAAUUCUGAUAGUCUUCUGCGCUCUUGUAUUUGCCAUGUGCACGUCCAUCGUGGUCACUUGCUACGCUCGAGUCAAGAGUAGAAGACAAAGAAGGAGAGAAUAUAAAAUCAGACGUUCCAAAGACGUUUCUUUUGACAUGGAAAUCGACCAUAGUACUGAAGCGGCUUUAGCGGCUCAAGCGGCGGAAAUCAGCGCCGCUCGAAGAAAAAUCGCAUUGGAUACAGAAGAAGAAACAAAUGGAUGUUACGUACCGGAAGUGGACUUGAGUGUGUUCCGGUGUAAUCCAAACGGUCAUCCGAUAUCUAAAGGAGAAGACGAGAGGACCAAACACGUGACUAUUAACACCAUUAGCGAUUCUAAUCACCAUCACCAUUAUUUCUACUGUCAGAAGCACGGGGGCGACACGGUCAGUUGCAGUAGUCUGUCUCCCCCUCUACCGCCCCCUCCUCCGCCCCCUCAACUGAGGGGAAGAGGUUUAGAUCCGGAAAGAGGUUGCGACGACGAACAGUGUCCUCACAAACGCGCGAGAUCGAACACCUUCAGGACUUAUCUCGCUGCUCCUUCGGGUGCCGAAGAGGAAGGUGAAGAUAACCAAGAAUCCUUCAGGGCCGAAGCGGUGGUCGAAACCGAUCAAGGACUCUGCAACUUCGAACCGCCUACCUCGGCACCCGACGUCAUAGUUCAUAGUUAAAAAUAAGGUUAAUUCUUUCCCUCAUUUUUUGGCAGAGUCCACAACGAACAGUUCAAGCAUUUCUACUGUCGAGAUGUUUGCUUUCUUUUUCUACCAUGGAGACAACAAAACAAAAUGUUUUUUUACUGUGUCCUCGUCCAUCGUUUAGGAAUAUGUGAUUAGUGAAGAGGAUCGUUCGUCAAUAGGCCUUCACAUAUCAGAAGGUUUUUUUCGGGUGUGAAGUCACGUGUUUAUAUCCAAAGGACUGUGUUCGGUAAUCCAUAGUAAUCUUUUUAAAGAUAAUCAAUAACGUAGAAGCGGGGAAGCGGAGAAGUCAUAGAUUGUAAUAUACGGGAAAUUUUCAUUUUAUUAUUGAAUUUCAAGGAAAAAAUAUUUCAUUUAACAUGGAUGACCGAACACGCGUGUAGAAAAACCCCCAAAUCGUUCUCGGGAUAUUCGAUAAGAAUUUAUAGAAAAGAGCGAUAAUAAAUUGAGCCUUUGUGCCUUUUAUAUGCACGAGGAUAUAAACUGUAUGUCUGUCCAGUAGAAAAAAAAAGUUUGGAAAUUUUUGGAAAUAAAAUGUAUUGUUUGAAGAAAGUACUUUUCGUCUCUCUCAAUCUGAUGAAUUUACAACACGAUUUAAUACAAAUUUCUUAAACUUCUCACCAAUUUGGGGAUAUUUUCGUGAACUCUUUUUCCCUAAAUGCGGCCGAAAUUUUAUCAGAACUCACUUCCGCGCAGAAUUUGGCAGCUAUACAACUCCUAACCACUAA